AUGGCGGCAACGGUGAUCCUGGAGCCCGCAGGCCGCUGCCUCUGGGACGAGCCCGUGCGCAUCGCCGUGCGCGCCCUGGCCCCGGAGCAGCCGGUCACGCUGCGCGCGUCCCUGCGCGACGAGAAGGGCGCGCUCUUCCGGGCCCACGCGCGCUACCGCGCCGACGCCGCGGGCUAACUCGACCUGGAGCGCGCGCCCGCGCUGGGCGGCAGCUUCGCGGGGCUCGAGCCCGUGGGGCUCCUCUGGGCCCUGGAGCCCGAGAAGCCCCUGCUGCGGCUGGUGAAGCGGGACGUGCAGACACCCUUGGCCGUGGAGCUGGAGGUGCUCGAUGGCCACGAGCCCGAGGCCGGGCAGCUGCUGGGCCGGGCGGUGCACGAGCGCGACUUCCUGGGGCCCGGGGUGCGGCGGGAGCCGGUGCGCGCGGGCCGGGUGCGCGCCACGCUCUUCCUGCCGCCAGGACCUGGCCCUUUCCCAGGAAUCAUUGACAUCUUUGGUGUUGGAGGGGGCCUGUUGGAGUAUCGAGCCAGCCUUCUGGCCGGCCAUGGCUUUGCCACGUUGGCUCUGGCUUAUUAUGACUUUGAAGAUCUCCCCAAGAAACUGGAGGGCAUACACCUGGACUACUUUGAAGAAGCCCUGUGCUACAUGCUGCAACACCCCCAGGUUAAAGGCCCAGGCAUUGGGCUGCUGGGCAUUUCUUUAGGAGCAAAUAUUUGUCUCUCCAUGGCCUCAUUUUUGAAGAACAUCUCAGCCACAGUUUCCAUCAAUGGAUCUUGGUUCAGUGGAAACAUAGACAUAUGCUACAAGCAGACAUGCAUCCCACCAUUGGGAGCUGAUCUGAGGAGAAUCAAGGUAGCUUUCUCAGGCCUCCUGGACAUUGUGGAUAUAUGCAAUGAUAUUGUAGGAGGGUGUGAGAACCCCAGCAUGAUUCCAAUAGAGAAGGGCCAGGGGCCCAUCCUCUUCAUCAUUGGUCAGGAUAACCAUAACUGGAGGAGUGAGUUCUAUGCCCAAAUAGCGUCUGAACGGUUACAGGCCCAUGGAAAGGAAAAACCCCAGAUUAUCUCUUACCCUGGGACUGGGCAUUACAUUGAGUCUCCUUACUUCCCCCUGUGCCCAGCUUCCCUGCAGAAAUUACUGAAAACUGUGCUCUGGGGUGGGGAGCCCAGGGCUCAUUCUAAGGCCCACGUAGAUGCUUGGAACCAAAUUCUAACCUUCUUCUGCAAAUAUCUUGGAGGUACCCAGAAGAGAGCUUCCCCCAAAUUGUAAUGCAUU